CUUUAAUAGGCUUGAGUGAACUUUUUUCAAUCAAAAACUGUGAUGCACAUAGGCUCAGAUCAAUGAUGCUUAGAUCAAUGAGGCCUAUCAAUCCGUUCCAAAAGGAAAUACAGAACCUGUUAUAAUUGAAAGAAAACAAGUUGACAAAAAGAUUGAAUCCAGUGUUUGGUGAUAGUCUCAUAUAGUGAAAGAUUUACAAGCAAUUUAAAAGGCCAGUCAAUUUUGAACAGGAACACCAAAUGAAAUGAGGUAAACAUUUUUCAACACAGAACAGCACAUGAAAAGAUUCUAGAUCCUUUGGACCUUUAGCAAUUAAAUGUAGAAAUUCUUCCAAAAUACUUUUCACACUGUCACUAGUUAAAUUAGUCUACUAACAAUGUCCAACGGAGCACAUGCAUAUAAUGCUCUAAGAUUGUAGAAUAUCUUAUUUUCUUUUAAGUCAUAUUGAGCAUUCCUAGUUAAAGUUAACAUGUUCCUGCUUUGAAUCUUGUCAUAUUUCCUGUCCUCUGGACCACGUUCCAUUAUGUUGAACGUCCCCAUAGAUAUGUAAAAACAACAUUUUGUCUGAGGGCUGAAAUGUGAAGGCAAUUUGUCUGUGGCAACCAGUAGAGCUCUCAGACAGGAGAAUGUGUUAAUGAGGAUCUGAGAUUAAAGAGAUCAAUUAAAGGCCCGUUAAGCGCUUAACUGGUGCGCUGUGUUUGCUAACACUUAACAAGCGAUGUUUUUGACAAUGCGCAAGGAGACCACACGGCAUGAACCAGUUGACUUCUAGGUAAUUGCUUUUCUUUUCAUUCUGCUGCACUUCUCUGUCCUCCUUUAAUGGUGCGGUCUUGCCUCCCUUUAUCUAAGCAGACAAAGAAUCGUUCAUUCUGUGGCAUCAUCACUGAACCAACGCCACCCUCCCCUCGCUCAUUCAUUCACUCUCUCUCUGUCUCUCGGUCAGUCAGGGUGCAAGACUGGAUCACCUGUGCAAAGCCUUCUGAUUCCCUGGUUCGCAUUUUAAAGUGGAUUCUUAGUGAGUAACAGAAGCUAUGCGUCCAUCCAGUAUUUUGACCUUUGAGCCAGGGCUGGAGCAUGGAGUGCCAUGGGGUCGGGAUCUUUUUACUUUCGUGACCUCAGCAGCUGGUCACAUGAUGAGGACUUUGCAAAAACCACGUAAAAACAAGCCAUCAAAACGACAAGUCAAUCAUCGCAGGUUUCUGCACAACAUGAUACAGAGGAAAUUUGCAGAAAUAGAGGCAGCGAACCAUCAGCUGGCUUCUGCUUUAUUUUCAACUGAUAAACCCCCAAAUCAUCUAACACCCAGUCUGUCUCAUAUUGCAAAAGAAGUCACAGACCAGUCACCUAAACCCUCAAAACAAGCUAUUGAAACUUUUAUAAAUGCUGACAAAACUGAAGUGCUUCCCGAACAACAAGAGGAUGUGUGUGACCUCUGGACAUUGGACAGUCUUAUGGAGACCAGUGUGGCUGAUAAAAGUUUCUCACAGAGCAAGUCCUUCAACAGUACAGGCACAAAUCUGAGAACUGAAAAAACCUACAAAGCUGCAAAGAAAAACAACCCCGGACACACAAUGGAAGGCAACAGCUUCGAAACCGAUUUAGAAAGCUUCGAGGAAAGCGUGUCCUCCUGGUUGGGAAGCAUUGAAAGAACGAGAACGUAUUCAAAACCAUGUUUCACCAAAUACUCUGACAUGAAGUUGCUCCCCACGGGUGUUGAUGUUUCAGACCUGUCACCCCCGUCUCCGGUGAUUUCACUAUUGUCUUUGGAUUCAUCUGAUUUGGAGGUUCAGAUGCUCAUAGAUGCUGAGCACGGCGUCCAAACGCAAGAUGGCACCAUCGUUGAGAGUCUUCAAAUGGAUAUGGUGGAUGAACUUGAUCUACUGGAUUGUUAUGAUAAUCAUGGAGAUCUGCAGAUCCACAAUAAUGAUCCUAAAUGUAAAACGGCUGAGUGGAUGGUUCACAAUGAAGAGGAUUUAGAGGAAACCAGCAUGUUUCCAAGCUCUUCUCCAGGAAUCCUAGAGAACCUAACAGGUUUUGGCAUUGAGACCAGCAAUUUGUGCAAUUUGAGCCAAGAAUUUGAUGCUAAUAUUCUCUCCAAUCAAGAGCCACAUAGACAUAGUUUCCAUCACAAUCAAAUAAACUAUUCCAUGAACCACAAUAACAUCCUAGAGGACCAUUUUGGUAGGGCUGAACCUUGCAUGAGGACAAAUGGAAAGGAGGAUGGUUACUCAGAUACAGAAUUGUCUGCCAUGAAUGGUAUUGUUUCAAGCCACCACGUGUUCUCAGUGCUUGAGAAUCAGCUGGACUCUCAAUCCAAACGGAUUCACUAUGACAUCUGGGAGCAACAGCCUCUAAAAAGCUCACACAAGAGCUAUUCAAGUCCAGAAACGGAUCAGUACCUUAUGAUGCAAGACACAGAUAUCAGAAACGCAGACAAAAAUAUUGAGAAUCAGACAGGAUCAGGUCUUCAAUGCCCCAUAAUGUGUUGCCUCGAAGGCUUUUGUUAUCAUAAAGGAGAGUCGUGUUUUUACUCGAAAUUCAGAGGCAAUCAGAGUUGUCAUAACUUUGAGGGCGUGGCUAGAUCUUUCCCUGCUACAUUACAUAAGAUCCACCCCAAUCCAAUUCCAACUCCGCCUCUAGAUGAUGAUUGGUUAUUCAGUAAUAUUGUUGCAGAGGAAGAGUGUGACGAAAGACCGCCUCUGCAGAAGAAGAUCAACGGCUUCUACAUCACUGCCUCUUUAGCCCCGCCCACCAAUUUGCACAUGUCAUGCAGUAGUAAAUAG